CAAUUAUUUUAUACUCUCAACACAGGUAAGAUUUUUGGAACAGCAGAACAAGAUGCUGGAGACCAAAUGGUCUAUUCUACAAGAUCAGAACACAGCAAGAUCUCAGAUUGAACCUUUGUUUGAGGCUUUUAUUGGCAACCUCAGAAGACAGCUGGAGAAUCUGGAAUGUGAGAGAGCUCGCCUGGAUGCAGAGAGGAACAGCAUGGAGGGGACUGUAGAAGAAAUAAGGAGAAGAUAUGAAGAUGAAAUCAACAGAAGAACAGGUGCCGAGAAAGAGUUUGUUUCUCUGAAGAGGGAUGUUGAUGCUGCUUUCAUGACUAAAGCUGAACUUCAGGCUAAGGCUGACUCCCUGAGCGAUGAGAUCAGCUUUCUUAGGACCCUGUAUGAUGCGGAAAUCAAUCAACUCCAAGCUCAGAUUUCAGACACCUCAGUUCUUGUGUCCAUGGACAACAGCCGAGACCUAGACAUCAAUGGUAUCAUCGCUGAGGUCAGAGCUCAAUAUGAAGAGAUUGCUAACAGAAGUAGAGCCGAGGCUGAAGCCAUGUACCAAUCCAGGUUUGAAGAUCUGCGAAUGGCAGCUGGAAGAAAUGGAAAUGAUCUACAGAACAGCCAAAAUGAGAUUGCGGAUCUCAAUCGGAGAAUUCAGAAACUUAAAAGUGAAAUUGAAUGUGCCAAAUCACAGCGUGCUGCAAUUGAAGCUGCCAUCAGGGAAGCUGAGGAAAGUGGUGAAGCUGCUGUCAGGGAUGCCAAGCAAAAAUUGUCUGAAUUGGAAGCUGCCCUACAGAAGGCCAAACAGGACAUGGCUCGCCAACUAAGAGAAUACCAGGAACUGAUGAAUGUUAAACUGGCUCUGGAUAUUGAGAUUGCCACAUAUAAGAAAAUGCUGGAAGGAGAAGAGCACAGGAUAAGUGCAGAGGGACAUGUAAACAUUUCUGUCCUGCACUCCAGUUGUGGAGGAAAACACCAUUCUUCAGGAAAGUCCCAUGAAGCUAGUGGCCACCACCACCAGCACCACCAUCAUCAUAAGGGAGGGUUCAGCUCCAGAAGCCAUGUCCCCAUAAGCAAGCAUCACUCCAGCCAUAGACAUCACUGCUAAAGUGAAGACCUAUAUACAGAGAUAUGAUGAA